AUGGUUUCUGACAACUACGGGAUAGUUGUGGAUUCCGGGUCUUCAGGCUCGCGGAUCCAGAUAUACAAAUGGAAAGACCCUGCUGGUCUUCAGAACGAGUCCAAGGACCCAGCCAUUUUGUCAUCUGUGCCCCAGAUUGUGCAGGAAGACAAGUGGACCUACAAAAUCGACAAGGGGCUUUCAACGUUUGCGGAUCAUCCUGAGGACGUGUGGGAGGACCAUUUCGAACCUCUGAUCAAAUACGCUGAGCAGAUCGUUCCAGAAGACAAGCUGGCAUCUACGCCCAUCUUUGUUCAGGCCACAGCAGGAAUGCGACUUGUUCCUGAGAAACAGCGUGAAAAGGUGCUGAAAAACGUGUGCAAGGCGCUGAAGGAGGAGACACAUUUCCAGAUAGAUAAAUGCGACGAUCACGUGCAGGUGAUUGACGGCGAGACAGAGGGUUUAUAUGGCUGGAUCGGACUCAACUAUCUGAAGGGAAAGCUGAAUCAGUACGAUCCAAAAGUCCCUAUCUCUGACCACGACUCCUAUGGGUUUAUGGAUAUGGGUGGAGCGUCCACGCAGAUAGCAUUUGUUCCCUCAAAUGCAGUGGAAUUGGAGCAGCACAAAAAUGAUCUGUACGAGGUGAGUUUGAGAAAUGUGAAUGGAGAAAUACAGCGCUGGCCUGUGUUUGUGUCCACAUGGCUGGGAUUUGGAGCCAACGAAGCCCGCAAGAGACAUCUGAAGAAUCUAAUUACGGCUCUUCCCGAAGGCGUGAACUACGACAAGGAUGGAGACAGCACGUACGAUAUUUUUGAUCCAUGUUCUCCCAAAAACAUGCAGAUCAAACAGGAGCUGAACGGCAUCACUUACGAGAUUACCGGUCUGGGAGACUACAAAACGUGUAUGAAACACGUUUACCCGCUUUUGCUGAAACACCUGCCCUGUAAGGAAGAUCCGUGUCUCUUCAACGGGGUGCACGCACCUACCAUCGAUUUCGAGAAAGACAAGUUUAUCGGAGUGAGCGAGUACUGGUACACUGCCAACGAUGUGUUCCACAUGGGAGGAGCUUAUAAUUUCAAGAAGUUUGAGGAGAGACUGAAAGAGUUCUGCGAGCAGGAUUGGGAGCAAAUUGAGCUGAACUUUAAGAACAAACAGUACGGAAGCAACAUUCCAGAAGCCAUCCUCAGAGACUCGUGUUUCAAGGCAAGUUGGGUGGUCAACGUGCUUCAUGAGGGCUUCGGGCUGCCGAGAAUAGGGUUUGAGACUGGCGAUCUGUCUGAAGAGGAAGUGGAAAAGCUCAACAAGCAAGACACUGAGCAUAUUCCGUUUCAGAGUGCAAACCAGAUUGACGGAGCAGAUCUCUCGUGGACACUGGGAAAGAUUGUUCUCUAUGCCUCGUCGCAAGUACCGUCCAACGAUGGUGUUCCUGUUGGUGUGCUGCCGGGAGAAAGUGCACAGACCGCGAUCGGCAGUGCGGUCAAACCCACACCCAGCGUUGCCGCAACGGACUCGCUUAAUGGCUAUUUUGCAAUGAUGGUCGGGGUUUUGUUAUUGGCAUUUUUAGGGUACGGCUUCUUUACCAAGAAGUUCACGCAUUCUAAGUUUCUCCCGAGGAAAGCACUCAAUGGAGUCCAGGCGAGUUCAAUUAGAAGAUUCCAACAACAAUGCUCCAACAAAAUCAGCUCCAAGCUGAAGUCGUUCAGACACGCAUCUAUGGUCGCCGAUGAGGAGGCGACUAUGUACGAGGACCAACUUACGCCGAAGCUGCCAAAACGCGCUUCUUCCGCCUCGAUUCCGCAAAAUGCCAAUUUUCACACGCUCAGAACACGCUCUACACUGAACCUCUCCGACAUCCAGUCAGAAGUUCCUCAAUUUGCGCGGUCCACGUCUGCAAACUCGUUACCUGGCAAGAUCGGAUCGAGCGCUCAGCUCGACAAACAGGGGCUGCAUUUUGACUUCAUGAGCAAAAAAUACAACAAAUACGUCAACCGGUCUACUUCACCAAACAGAGGUGUUCCAUUCCCGCAGGCUCUGGGCCUGUCGAGCGGGUCGCAGGUGGAGCUCAAGACAUCAAUCAAAAGUAAAGCCAGCGACUAG